CAUUCGAAGUGCAUUUGUGAACAGAGGUUUGAUUUAAUAACAUUUUCAGAAAUUGUUCCAAUACGACUGUGGUCAAUUAAAAAUUGUACUUGUUUCUUUUUCUACUGUGAUUUGAAAAAUUAAGAAAAUAAUUUGUAUAAGAAGUUGAGUAAGACCACGUCGAUCAUGAAACAAACGAAUCUUGGCCUUUGUGCCAUUGCAGCCCUAGUGGCUUUGUUGGGUUUGGGUUUAAUUAAUGCAUCUCCUGUACACCAACAACAAUUGGUGGGUGCAAACAAAUGUACCUGGGGUCCUACAUAUUGGUGCAGUAACAUAACCAAUGCUAAAGGUUGUAAUGCUGUACGUCAUUGUAUUCAAACGGUUUGGGAAAGUCAUCAGGUACCCGUCGAUAAUGAUUCCAUUUGCCAGAUUUGCAAAGAUAUGGUGACACAAGCUCGUGAUCAAUUGCGUAGCAAUGAAACUAUGGAAGAAUUGAAAGAAGUUUUCGAGGGAUCAUGUAAUUUGAUUCCUAUUAAGAUUGUCAAGAAGGAAUGCUGCAAAUUGGCCGAUGAUUUCAUACCAGAAUUGGUUGAGGCUUUGUCAUCGCAAAUGAAUCCAGAUCAAGUCUGUUCCGUUGCUGGCCUCUGCAACAACGCCGAAAUCGAUAAGCUUCUUCAUAAAUAUUAUACCGCUGCUUUCGAUGGAACAUUACGUGAAAGUGAAGAAGAUUCCUCAAGUGUCGAAGUUGUUCCGAAACCAAUGCCAACAUCUGCACCCGAAAAGAAGAAGGCAUCUUUAACCUGUGGCAAUUGUUUCAAUAUGGCCACACUAAUGACCAAUAAAUUCCAUUCAAGCAAUCGUGAUGAUAUCUUGGAAAAUAUGUUACAUCUUUGCGGUGAAAUGUCAUCAUUCUCGGAUGCUUGCGCCAAUAUUGUAUUGACAUAUUUCAAUGAUAUCUAUGAUCACAUUAAAGAGAAUCUUGAACCUGCUGGUGUAUGUCACAUCUCCGGCGUUUGUGCUGCCAAAUAUCAUCAACAUCCUGAAGAUCCCAAAGAAGAAGAACCCGUUGAUCUUAUGGCUCCCGGUAACGAUGAUGUUCCUUGCGAAUUGUGUCAACAAUUGGUACAUCAUUUGCGUGAUUUACUGGUGGCCAAUACAACAAUGGAAGAAUUCAAACAGGUCAUGGAAGGACUCUGCAAUCAAACUAAAGGAUUUAAAGCAGAAUGUUUGAGUAUUGUGGACCAAUACUACAGUGUUAUAUACAAAUCUUUGGUUGAUAAUCUAGACGCCAAUGGUGCCUGUUUCCUCAUUGGAGUUUGUCCCAAAGGUUCCAAUUCCAUGUAUAAGGGUGAUAUAAUGCCAUUAUUGCCAGCCAUACCACCAGCUGAAGUAAAAAUAACCAUACGCAAGAAGUUGGGUGCCCAUGAACCCAAAUUUACCCAAGAAGAACUCAAAGCUAUGACUUUACCCAUUGAUCAUUUGAUGGGUGCUGCUAAUCCCUUCCAACUUGUCAAUAAUGGAGAAUUGUGUACCAUUUGUGAAUAUCUGUUGCAUUUCAUUCAGGAAACCUUGGCCACGCCAUCUACCGAAGAUGAAAUCAAACGUACCGUUAAGAAUAUUUGCGAAAAACUACCUGCCAGUGUUCGUGGCAAAUGUGAUGAUUUUGUCGAUAUGUAUGGAGAUGCUGUAGUGGCUCUAUUGAUUCAAGGUUUGAAUCCCGUUGAAAUAUGCCCGAAGAUGCAAAUGUGUCCAAAACAUCAUGAAAACCAUAAUGACAUGGAAGUGUUUUCACCCAAAGCCACUGAUGAACAAGAUAAGCCCACUUGUCCUCUAUGUUUGUUUGCUGUCGAACAAGCCCAAGAAAAGAUCAAGGGUGACAAAUCAAAGAAAAACAUUAAAAAUGUUUUGGACAAUUUGUGCAAUCAUUUGCCACAAAAACUACAAAACGAAUGUGUUGAUUUUGUCGAUACCUACUCCUCGGAAUUGAUCGAUAUGCUUAUUAGCGACUUUAAACCCCAAGAGAUUUGUGUUGCCCUAAAAUUGUGCCCCAAAUCAAAUAACUAUUUGGAAGAACUAGGUAUUAGUGUUGAAGACGAUAGCUCCAGCCAGGAAAUCGAUAAUGAUAUGUCAUUUAACGAAAUUGUUAACAACGAAGAUAUGCCUGUUGAAAUUGUAUUCCAACAGCAUAAUGAAGGUAUUACACCCAAUUGUUUGUUGUGUGAAGAAAUGGUGAAAAUAGCCGAAAAACGUAUCAAUAAGAAAACCACAAAGGAUGACAUUAAGAAAGCUUUGGAAAGGUCAUGCGAAAAAAUGCGUGCAAAUUUGCGACCAAAAUGCCAUAAAUACGUGGAUAAAUAUGGUGACAAAAUCGCUGAAUUUUUAUUGAAAGAAAUGGAUCCGAAAUUAAUUUGUGCCGAAUUGGGUCUAUGUCUUUUCAGUGAACAGGAAGACUUGGAAAUUGAUGAAGCUUUGAAAUACGAUGUUAUUGCUAUGCCCCAGGAGAACGUUGUCUUGGCUAAAAAUGAUCGCUACAGUGGCUUGGACGAGUCGAUGACCAUACAAGAACCGCCAACAUGUGUACUGUGUGAAUUUGUAAUGACAAAAUUGGAAACCGAAUUGAAGAAUAAAACCGAACAGGAAGAUAUUAAACGUGCCAUUGAAAGUAUUUGCAAUCGCAUGCCCAAAACAGUGGCCAAGAGCUGCGAUAAGUUUGUAGAGCAAUAUGCCAACGCAAUUAUUACUCUAAUUGGCAGUGUACCACCCAAAGAAAUUUGCCAACGUAUGCAGUUGUGCUUUGCAGGCCUAAGCGAAGUGGUUACAGAUGAAGUUAUUGAGUGCGGAGUUUGUCAUGGUGCAUCCUCUUCACUUUUGCCAUAUUUGAGAAAACAUACCGAACAUGAUGCAAUUGGCGUCAGCGAUUUGAUUGAAAUUGCAUGUGAAAAUGUACCAGCUAAAUAUUAUAAGAUUUGCUCGGAAAUGGUUCAAGUUUACGGCAAAAGUAUCAUGCAUUUGUCUGAGAGCAUAGUUAUUGAUGAGUCCAGUAUCUGUGCCCAAAUUGGCAAAUGUUAUAAUUAUGAAAGAUCUUCAUUGGCUUUUGCCAGAAUUUCGGGUUAAAUAAUCCAGCAAAAAAUGUAAUGUAGAAACAAAAAAACUAAAUCAUUUUAAAAUUAUUUGGUACAUCAAUGAAAAGUGUGGGUGAAUUCUUAACAAAUGUGAUGCGUAUAUUUUGAGUUUGUACAUUUUUCUUAUCUAAUAAAAACCCUCAAACUACAACAAACAAAAAUCUACGACUUUAAAGUAUAAACAUGUAUAAAUCUUUAUUAUAACUAUUAAAACAGUAAAUAUAAAUAUCGAAAAAGAGAAGUCGGACAUAAAUCUUCAGCAAAUUUGAUACAUUUUUUAUUCCUUUCUCUUUGUAUAUUCAUUCUACUUAUUUUUCAUAUGAAAACAACGAUUAAUCGUGUAUCUAUGAACCAUUUAUCAAAUAUUAUUUUAGUUGGAUCGUUUUAGUAAAUUAAGAUUUUAAUGAAAAAUAAACUUAAACAUACACCAUUUAAA